CAUCCAGUGUGGAACCUCCUGACCUGCAGGUCACCACCUUGGUCAGCACAUACUGCAGCCUGUCCCUCCCUCUAGGGCGGAGUCCAGUAGAGCCAUUAAGCUCAAGAAGGAGUCAAAGACCAAGGCUGGCAGCAGAGGCGAAACCAGAGCAGAGCGCGCAGAGCUAUGGGGUGGAAGACCCUGGCCCUCGGCUGGGCCGGCGCCGCCAUCCUGGUCCUGCAGACAUUGGCCACGGCAGACGGUUCCUCGAGGACCUCGGGCACCAAUGCUGGGGUGUUUGCCGACCUGAGCGCCCAAGAGCUGAAGGCCGUUCACAGCUUCCUCUGGUCCCAGAAGGAGCUGAAGCUGGAAUCGUCUGCAACAUUGACCGUGGCCAAGAACUCCGUGUUCCUCAUUGAGAUGCUUCUGCCCAAGAAGCACCAUGUGCUCAAGUUUCUGGAUAAAGGUCACAGACCUCCUGCUCGGGAAGCCCGGGUCAUCAUCUUCUUCGGAGCGCAGGAGCAUCCCAACAUCACCGAGUUUGCUGUGGGGCCACUGCCGAGUCCCCAGUACAUGCGAGACCUGCCCCGCAAGCCCAGGCACCAGGCUUCCUGGGCCUCCAGGCCCAUCACUGGGACGGAGUAUGCCCUCCUGAGCCGCACCCUGCAGGAGGCCACCAAGCCCCUGGACCAGUUUUUCCGACACACCACGGGCUUCUCAUUUGUAGACUGCCACUCCCAGUGCUUGACGUUCACAGACGUGGCGCCGCGGGGCGUGGCCUCCGGCCAGCGCCGCACCUGGUUCAUCUUGCAACUUCAGAUGGACGGCUACUUCCUGCACCCCACUGGGCUGGAGCUCCUCGUAGACCAUGGAAGCAUGAACGCCCAAGACUGGACGGUGGAGCAGGUCUGGUACAACGGGAAGUUCUACAGCAGCCCCGAGGAACUGGCAGAAAAGUACGCUGCCGGAGAGGUGGACGUGGAGGUCCUGCAGGACCCGCUGGCCAAGGGCAAAGAUGGAGAGAGCCUGCCGGAGUCGGCCCUCUUCUCCUUCUACGAGCCACGUGGGUCCUUCCCCAGCUCCAUCACGAGGAACGGCCCCCGCCUGGUCCAGCCCCAGGGCCCCCGCUACAGGCUGGAGGGCAACACCGUGUUCUACCAAGGCUGGAGUUUCGCCUUCCGGCUGCGCUCCUCCUCCGGGCUGCAGGUCCUGGACGUGCGCUUCGGGGGUGAACGCGUAGCCUACGAGGUGAGCGUGCAGGAGGCCGCGGCACUCUACGGGGGACACACGCCUGCGGGCAUGCAGACCAAGUACCUGGACGUGGGCUGGGGCCUGGGCAGUGUCACUCAUGAACUGGCCCCUGGCAUCGACUGCCCAGAGACGGCCACCUUCAUGGAUGCCCUCCAUUACUAUGACACCGAUGGCCCCGUCCACUACCCCCGAGCCCUCUGUCUCUUCGAGAUGCCCACAGGGCUUCCCCUCCGGCGACACUUUGACUCCAACUUCAGCGGUGGCUUCAACUUCUAUGCAGGACUCAAGGGCCACGUGCUGGUGCUGCGGACGACUUCGACUGUCUACAAUUACGAUUACAUCUGGGACUUUAUCUUCCACCCCAACGGGGGCUGGAAAUGCUGUAGUUCAGGGCGCUUCAUCCUCCUCCUUCCCUGCACACCUGCAGGCACCAAGAAUAGCUUCCAGACCCUGCAGAUGAAGGCGGAAAACAUCACCAACCCCUGGAGCCCGAGACACCGCCUGGUCCAGCUGACUCUCCAGGAGACCAAGUACUCCCGGGAGCGCAAGGCGGCCUUCCGCUUCGGACGGGCUCUGCCCAAGUACCUGCUCUUCACCAGCCCCCAGGAGAACCCCUGGGGUCACAAGCGCAGCUACCAACUGCAGCUCCACUCCUCAGCUGACCAAGUGCUGCCCCCUGGCUGGCAGGAGGAGAGAGCAGUCACCUGGGCCAGGUACCCCCUGGCAGUGACCAGGUACCGGGAAUCCGAGCUGUGCAGCAGCAGCCUCUAUAAUCAAAACGACCCCUGGGACCCACCUGUGGUCUUCGAGGAGUAUCUUCACAACAAUGAGAACAUUGAAGAUGAGGACUUGGUGGCCUGGGUCACAGUGGGCUUCCUGCACAUCCCUCACGCAGAGGACGUCCCCAACACAGCCACACCCGGAAACUCCGUGGGCUUCCUGCUCCGGCCCUUCAACUUCUUCCCAGAGGACCCGUCCCUGGAGUCCAGAGACCUCGUGGUCGUGCGGCCUCAGGAAAAAGGCUCCAACUACGUCCAGCGCUGGAUCCCUGAGGAGGAGGGGGACUGCCUGAUGCCUCCCCCUUUUAGCUACAAUGGAACCUACAGGCCCGUGUGAAAGCGCCCCACCCCCCACCAACACCUGCCUGAAGCCCAAGGGCCCCCACCCCCCAGGGACAGACAACAAGCCCCUCAGGGCUCAGCUCCUGUGCUCUGAACACGCACCAGGCUGGCGUGUAGGACACACACAGACGAGAGGCACAGGCCUUGGCCUCCACUCCCCUCGGUCUCCUCCACCCCUGAAAAGACCUGCAUCACUGCGGCAAGUGACACUCACUGAAUUGACCAAUCAGAUUGGUUUAAAGAAUCUGAGACUAGCAGCUCCUCUCGGGAGUCAGUGGGGCGCUCUCCCAGGUCGCUGAUGGAUACGUAGGGCAACCACAGGAAGACACGAUGGAAAAACCUAGUGAAAUUGCUAACACCUCUACCCUUGACACACUGAUCCAACUUCUAGGGGAGAUCUGCCUACAAACCCAGGAAAAAUAUAUGCGGUGCUGUCUGUGCUAACAAAGUCUGGAAACAACCCAACAUCCAUCAGCAGAGAUCCUACAGAUUCUGGAUAGACUAUGGAAAUGUCCGUACAACGCAAUUUUAGGUGAUUGUAAAAGAAACGUAUGAACGAGGACAUUCUCUGUACUGAUAGGGAAAGAGCUUCAGGAUACACUAAGCAAGAAAACAGAACAAUAUAGAGAUGGCUUGCUAAUUGUUGUGUAAGAAAGGAGAGGAAUAUAUGUAUGUGUAAAAACCCUAGAAAAAUACACAAGAUGCUAAUAAACAUGGUUACCUGUU